AUUUAUUUAUAAACUAACGUUAAUUAGCGCUAAUUAGCCAAUAACAGGAAGGAGAAAGAACAAAGUUUUACAUAUCUUCUAGUAGCAAAUGUUCUCCGCACAUCUCUCUAUCGAUCUACACCAGAAGUAACUUUUUAUGGUGAAUGGAGAAAGAGAAAUUUCGAGAAAUUCAAGACUUGAAAAUUAGAGAAGGCUAUUUCACAGCACCUUACGACUAGUUUUGAUAGAAGCAAGCUAUUUGUAGCAAAACCCUGAGUACAAAAGUUGUUCAGAAUCGAAUUCCGAAGUCCCUCACGAGAGCUCUUUUCAGAACUUUUAACUUUAGAAAAGUUAAACAGUUUUUGAAAAAAUUCUUGUUUUUUCUCUGUAGAUCAGUCGCAAUGUUGAACGUGUGUAUAGUAAAUUAAAGAACCAAUUAAUAUCAUUGUGUGAAUCUGUUAAAAGUUAUUGUAUCACGUGCGACUUUUGGACGGAAAGUUUUACAGGUUAAAUUCUUAGUUAUAUCUGCCUGAUAUAGAAUAAGAAAUUGUAUAUUUCAGGAAUUCAUUACGGAGGUGUGAGUCUUCAUUAUGUUGAUUCAAAUUCCGAUUUACGCGUGUUCACAUUAGCUUGUCAAGCUUACGACUAUGAAACACAACAAUCAAAAAAUAUACGUGCAUUUGUUGAGAGAAUAUUGGAUGAAUUUGGGCUAAGUUUGAGCGAUGAUGUUUAUAUUGUUACUGACAAUGAGAAUAAAAUGACAUGUGCAUUUAAGAGCAAUGUUCAGCGUAUUGGUUGUUCCGCUCAUUAUCUCAACAAAAUAUUGGAACACGGUUUCAAAAAAAAAGACAUAAAUUGUGACGAACUACAAUCAUUGUUUAAGAGUGUUCAUGAGCUUGUUACACAUGUCAGAAAAUGUCAUAAACAAAGCUUAUUAUCGGUUAAUGUUCAAAGUUAUUGUAAAACACGUUUUAAUGGUUCGUAUUUAAUGAUGAAUUCUGUACUAAAUGUCUUCAAUGAAUUGUCGAAUGUCAUUAGUGAUGAUCAGAAGCUCAAUUAUCUAACUAUUAGUCGUGAUGAAUUACAACUUGUUUGUUUAUAUUUGAAACAUUUUGAUGAUGUGAUUGAGCGCAUGGGUGCUGAAAAAAAACCGACACUUCACCUUGUGAUACCUUAUAAACAGUUAUUGAUUAAUCGUUCAGCUAUUAAUGAUGAUGAUACUACUCACACAACUCCGCUGAAGAAGUUUAUUGCAAAACAUGUAAUAGAUUAUUGGGUACUUCAAGAUGUUCAUUAUCUUGCGACCAUGUUGCAUCCAAAUUUAGUUAUAUGCCGUAAUACAAAUGUUCAAGAUAAAACAAAAACGAAAGAUGGUAAUUUGGUGAAACCAGCAUCAUCCAAAACAGAAUUAGACUUAUAUCUAUGUGAUGAAACAAAAAUUGAAAAAGAAACAAAUAUUUUAAAUUAUUGGAAAUUGAAUGAAACUCAAUAUCCAAUAUUAGCUCAGUUAGCUAAACAAAUACUUUGCAUUCCUGCUACAAGUACGGCCAUUGAACGUUUAUUUCCGUAUAGCGGUAACACAAUCACUAAUCGUCGAACACGAUUAGAAACUGGGCGAGUCAAUCAUCUGCUGUUUAUCCAGCGUAAUUUAUCUACAUUACGAGAAAUUUCCCCCCCAGCUGAUGAAGAAUUUAGUAAGCGAAAAAAUAGUUUACAAUCAACAUCAUCCACACCACAAUCAUCACCAACUAAACGGCAACGAACUGAUUUUGUUGGAGAAAAGGAAGAAAAUAUGGAUGGCAAUAAUGAUAAUGAUUAA